AUGGUAGAGCCGUGGGAAAUAGUUGUUGCAUAUCGCUGCAAUCUUAGGUACACUGUCAAAAUUCGGGCAGUCGAUGGCUCGGCAAUGGAAAGUACAGUAAUGGAGUCGAUAUAUAAGAACCAGUUAAAAGGGAAACGAAAUGGCUGCUCGUGGUCAUUUUUGGGUGAAAAAUGUGAAAAAAAAAAUGUUAUGUCAUUAAUACGAAUAUCUCCAUAUCUAAUUACAACUCUAGUGGUUGGCUCUUCGCUUCAAACAGAAAAGGGGAACUCAGCAGUAGCAGUAUAUAUGUGUAUGUCUGUUUGUGUGUACAUGCGUGUGAUAAUAUUUCCGGAUUUAUCAUGGCUUCCGAUUACUGAAAACAAACUAGAAGUGAAGACAAGGGAGCAACGCAUUUAUCCCCUUUUUUAA